AUGGCCGCAACAACUCUGAAUAUGUAUGACUUUAUUGUGGUGGGUGGUGGAACUGCCGGAAACGUCGUUGCAGGCAGACUAGCAGAGAACCCCGACGUGGAAAUACUUGUGAUAGAAGCUGGAAUUGGCGAUCCUGACGAUAUCCCGACGAUUACAACGCCCGCUCGUGCAUUCGAACUCCGAAACAGCAAGUAUGACUGGUCCUAUCAGACAACCUUUGUCGACAAGCCUGACUCCGAACGCAUUGAGAAACCAAAUACGCGUGGAAAGGUCCUUGGCGGGAGUAGCAGCCUAAACUACUUCACCUGGAUCCGUGGCAGUCGGGAAACAUUUGAUGCGUGGCAGGAGUACGGCGGUGAUGAAUGGACAUGGGAAACGUGCAAGCACUAUUUCGAAAAGCCGGCUUCAUAUCACGAUGAUGAAAGAGUAUACGAUCCACGAUUUUCCAAAAUCGCACGGGAGGGACCACUCCACAUUUCCCACGCCACUUUGCUACCAGAAACCGGCGCUUUCCGAGAUGCUCUAACAGAAGCAUGGACUAGCAACGGACAUGGAAUAAAAGAAGACAUAUACAAUGGCAGGUUGGAGGGACUUACUCACUGUGUUAGUACAGUGUACGAGGGUGUCCGGUCAAGCAGCGCAGUAUAUGUGAUUGGGAAAGAAAAUGUGGAGAUAAUGCAUUCCACUGUCGCAACAAAGAUCAACUUUGAAGGUGAUACUGCCGUGAGCGUCACUGUUGUCGGGACACAAAAUGGCAACGAGGCCACAUUGAAAGCAAAGAAAGAGAUCAUUAUUGCAGGCGGGGUUUUCGAAACACCUAAGCUACUGCUUCUCUCCGGCAUCGGUCCUAGACGUGAGCUGGCCCAUCAUGGCAUUGAUCCUGUGAUAACGUCUGAGCACGUGGGAGAACAUCUUCUUGACCAUCCUAUUCUUCCACAUGUUUUUAGACUAAAGGAUGGCCAUGGUCUGGAUCACGUUCUCCUUCGAGGGGGACCUGACCACGACGCUGCCAUCAAGCAGUAUGACAAGGAUAAAACGGGACCACUCGCUAGUGGCCACCUCGAGAUGAUAGCCUUCCCACGCAUUGACAAGCAACUCGAACAACAUAAAAUGUAUCACAAAGCCAGGGCAAAUAAUUGGGGUAAAGAUCCUUUCGGACCUGAAGGUCAACCCCAUUUUGAGAUCGAUUUUAUUCCCAUUUUCUGUGAUACAUUCCAGUGGCACUUUGAUAUUCCACCUGAAGGAGAUUGGUUAACCGUUGUUGUCGACCUUCUCCAUCCACAGUCAAAGGGCGGCUAUGUCAGACUCACUUCGAUAGAUCCACGUGAACAACCCGAUAUCAAUCUCAAUUACUUUACUGACGAACUCGAUAUCCUUGCUUUGAGAGAGGGUGUUCGAUUCAUUGAUGAUAUCCUUAUGAACAGUGCCGGAAUGAAAGAGAUCAUUGCCGAGGAUUUCCCGUGGCCCAUGCCCCGUGAGUCGGAUGAAGAGAUGGAUCGCCUUAUUCUAGAUCGGGCGCAGACUGGAUAUCAUCCGUGCGGCACUGCCAGAUUGUCUCAGGACAUUGACCAAGGCGUGGUAGACUCUAAUCUGAGGGUUCAUGGGGCCAAGAAGCUUCGCGUUGUUGAUGCGUCUAUCAUUCCGGUUAUUCCGGACUGUCGGAUUCAGAAUUCAGUGUACAUGAUUGGGGAGAAGGGUGCCGACAUAAUCAAAGAGGCGUAUCCGGAGCUCUACAAAUGA